GUUUCAUUGAGAAAUGAUGUGAUGACGAAUUCAUUAACAUUGAACGUAUAUAAUAGCUUUGCAACAAGUAGCACUGUUUAUUCCUCGGAAAAGCAUCAGAGUGGUUUUUACGCGAGUGUUAUUGUGAAGUGUUGAAGUUAAAACAAUUAUAAUGGAGUUUCCACACCUAGGACGGAAUUGUGCUUUUAGCACCUGUAAUAGACUAGAUUUUCUGCCCAUGAAAUGUGGAGCUUGUCUAGAAUCAUUCUGCUCAGACCACUUUGCCUACACAAACCAUGAUUGCCCUGAACCGACAAGAGAUGUCCAAGUACCUGAAUGUCCACUCUGCGGGGCCCCAGUGCCGGGGAAGCGUGGGGAGCGACCAGAUGUGGCCGUUAGCGAACAUAUAGACAACCAAUGCCAAUCUGACCCGGCUAAAGAAAGGAGAAAAAAGGUGUACACAAACCGUUGCGCCUACAAAGGUUGUAAGACGAAAGAAAUGAUACCAGUAGUUUGCAGCGAGUGUACUUUAAAUUACUGCUUGAAGCAUCGACAUACUACGGACCACGCCUGCGAGGGGCCGUUGGCGGCUAAGAGAAAACGUGCAGCUGAGGCAGCCAUGGUGAGGCUUCAAAGUGGACAAACGAAUAAGAUGCAGUUCCAAACACCCAUAGCGAGCAACCCGGGCCGGGCUCGCGUCGCCACUCUACAAGACGUGCAGGCGGUGCAGGGAAAUAUGUCGGAAGACGAAGCCCUAGCGCGUGCGCUGUCUCUGUCUCUCCAGAGCUCCUCGCUGGGCGGCGGCGACGCGGCCGUCGCGCGCGCGCUCGCCCGCCGCGUCGGAGGUGAGCAGAACUCGCGCUGUACCGUCUGUUAGGAGGCCUAAUACAUCUCCAAGAGCCCUGGACUUAACUAGCUUAUUCAUGUGGGAUGGGUUUGUGGAAGAUAGAACGAGCGUGCUGAGAGAGUAGUGUUGUGCUGUUUAAUAGGAGACCUAAUAGAUCUCCAAGGAAUUAAAUUGCUUAAGUGAGACUUUCUAUUAAUGUGGGAUCGGGUAAGAUUUUGGAGAGCAUAAUCUCUGUUAUACCGUCUCAUAGGAGGCCUAAUACAUCUCCUACAGUCCUCAACUUUCUGAGACAAUUAAUAUAGCCUUGUAAGGUACAAGUACAAAUUCAAUUCAAAUUUUGAGCCCUUAUAGAAAUAAAAUAAAGUUUCAAAUUAAAAAAGCGUGCUGCGUCUUACAAAGUUAAGGUGAGAAUUGGUUAAAAACGCUUGAGCAAUAUUUGAAAAAUUCAUGCUGUAGUCUUUGGGGUCGAAACGGCCUCCUAAACGUGGGAUUAGAAAAGUUUGUUCUGACUGAGUUAUAAGCUUCAGUGAUUUUUCAAAUCUAGCCGUAUAUUACAGUCACGUCUAAUAAUAUCAAUACGAACAAAGUGCCAAAAAUAUGUAUACACAACCUUAUUGCCCAUAUAUAUUAAGGUAGUGUAUACAUAUUAGUACUUUGUUCGUAUCGAUAUUUUCAGACGUGACCGUGAUUUAUAUUAUUUAUAUACGAUAUAUUAUGAUAUAUAUGACAGUGAUUUUUUUUGUAAUAAAAGUGAUAAAAAUGACCAGUCUCUCAUGAGCUAUUUUCUGAAUUGCUUGUUCAUUCGGCAAUCUCAACACGCAUGCUCAACUAUUAUUAAUAUUUAUUAUUACGUUAUUGUCACAAAUACCUAUAUAUAUACCCCCUUAUUCAUGAAACUUUACGGGCCUGAUUUAGUUAAAUUAUGUUUUAUCCCUUUCUUAAAAAUACAGAAAUCAAAAUGACAGAUAAAGAAAAACGAUUCAUAGCUAAAUCAGGCCAGUAACAUGUUUAUGAAUAACGCUAUUAGUGCUUAAGAUGACAACUGAUGUUUCACGAAGUAAUAGGGAGCGUGCAUGAACUGUAGGAGGCAGCACAGGAGCCGUCAGAUUUUUGGCGCGAGGCGUAAAUGUGGUGUUUUUUGUUCCGAUGUAGCCCACAAGAUGGCAGAACCUAUUCUGCACAAGAAAACACGUGACGUGUACAUGUGCAUGUUUAUGGUUCCGAUUCAGGCCACAAGAUGGCAGACCCUCCAACGCGCACGGUCCCUAUAGCGAAAAGAAUGCGCUAAUAUCAAUAAACCU